GGGCGGUUCAAAAAAAUCCAAACAUUACACUUGACAAGUCGUGCUUAUUGAAAAACGUGCGACAAACACUUGUAAAGCGAAAUCAGUUAGUCGUAGAAAUUACUAAUAGUAUUCUAGAUCUAGAAAAUGUGCGUCUUGCAAAUGUUCGGUCUUUAUUUCUAUCUUAGAUGUAGCCAAUACUUCGCUAAGAAAGCUAAGCUAGUUAGCUAGCUGUAAGCUUUGGAUCUCACGUUUUCAUCUUUUUUCGCUUACGUGCGGCUUUUCAAUUGAAACAACGCAUCCCUAACUACGUCUAAUGAUGGCCAGUGUGCAUGAGAGUUUAUAUUUCAAUCCGAUGAUGACAAACGGAGUAGUGCAUGCUAAUGUGUUCGGCAUUAAAGACUGGGUAACGCCGUAUAAAAUCUCAGUUUUAGCACUGCUUUAUGAGAUGACAGCCUCUAAAGUCAGUCUACCGAAAAGGAGGAGACUAAAUGAACUUAUCCUACCGCUGCAGCAGGGUCCUGACUUGCCUUUUGGACAGUUCGUGAGGACAGUAGAGGAAUGCUGUCCACAGACUGCAUCUGCAGUCGUACUCAGGCUUCAUGAAAUGGCUGAUGGAGAGCUAAGAGACAUGGAACAGUUCUUUUCUACUCUUCCAUUUACAGCUUUCGACACCGAGGCCUAUAAAACCAGUGUUGUUGGACUGUUUAUGAGACACAUGCUCCUGGCCUACAACAAGCUAUCGUUCAGUCAGGUGUACAAGCUGUACAAGUCUCUGCAGCAGUACUACCACAGUCACUAUGCCAAACCCUCUGAUGAGGUGACUCUAUCUGCCCUGAACUUUGACGGGUCAGAUAUGGACCUCACAAGCACAGAGGACACUGUAGGAGACAAAAUGGACAAAGAUGAGCUGGAUACCCCACUGCAUGAGACAGAACUCAGAAUUGAUAAUGCUCCUAGUAAAGGCCCCUUGUCACAAAAACAAGCUGAGUACUUCUUGGCAAGACAAGCGUACCUACUGAAGAAUGAUGAGAACAAAGCUCUGAAGCCUGCUGCCCUCCAAGAGGAGCUUAACAACAUGCUAAAGUUUAACCCAGACUUUGCUGAAGCACAUUACCUGAACUACCUGAAUAGUAUGAGGGUGCAGGACAUAUUUCUUUCUGCUCACAGCCUCUUGCAUUAUUUUGAUCGUCUGAUUUUGUCUGGAAACGAGGGGAAAAGCAAUGGUGAUGAAGGCUAUGGCAGAAGCCUGCGUUACGCUGCUCUAAACCUGGCGAGCCUGCACUGCCGCUUCGGACACUAUCAGCAGGCUGAUCUAGCGCUACAGGAGGCAAUCCGUAUUGCUCAGGAGUCCAAUGAUCACGUCUGCUUACAACACUGCUUGAGUUGGCUGUACACGCUGGAGCAGAUGAAGGGAUCAGACAGUACCGUAUUGACAGAGGAUUCUGUCAAAAUGGCUGCUCAUUUCUGCUUGAGAUACUUGGCAUCUCUGGGCAUUCAGUCUUUGGUCCAGCAGGGGGCAACGCAGGGUAAGACAGCACACAAACUGAUGGAUGCACUGAAGGACACAGACAUCCUGCACUGGAAGCACAGUCUCUCAGAACUCAUCGAGAUCAGCCUGGCUCAGACUACUUCCAUAUGGAGGAUGUAUGGCAAGAGUACCAUGUCAGCCCAGCAAGCACAGCUACUCCUCAACAUGAGCAGCCUGGAGCCGGUCAAUUUUGGGGUCCAUCAGAACAAUACAGAGGCUUUCGCCGUGGCUCUGUGCCACCUGGCCGAGCUGCAUGCUGAGCAGGGCUUGUACAGUGCUGUUUCAGAGAUUCUUCAGCAUCUGAAGGCACAGUUUCCUUCACACACGCAGCAUGCCAAGUUAUGGAUGUUGUGUGAUCUAAAAAUUCAAUUUGAGAAACAUAUGAAUGAAGGAAAAUACCAUUUAGCAGAACCGUUACUUGUUGCUAUGUCAGCUUUGAAUAAAACCGAGGGUCUUUACAGGAAAGCCCUCGUUCUAAAGGCACUUAAUCGCUCAACUGAGGCAUACAGUGUCCUGCAAAGACUUCAAGUUCACUGUGACAAGACAAAAUGCACAGAGCUGGCAAUCAGAGUGAUGCUGUCCACUGCUGAGCUCCAUUGGGAGUCGUCUGGCUUCUCCACCGCGCUGCCUCUCCUCCUGCAGGCACUGGCUCUGGCUCGACAGCACCACUUGCAGUCUCUCGCCUCAGAGACAAUCCUUCAUUUGGCCUUCACUCAGUUAAUGCUGGGCGUUCCUGAGCAGGCUCUAAACAUUCUACAUGAGGCUAUUGAGCCUGUUUUAGCUCAUGGAUCAGUGAUGGACAAAGGCCGUGUCCUGCUGCUCAUGGCCCGCUGUCAGAUGGAGGUGGCUGGGUUUAAGCCAAACAGACAAGGGCAAACAGAUCUAAACACGCUUGCUUUGGCAGUGGAUACGCUAGAUGAUGCAACAAUUUAUUUCUCAAAGUUAAACUGUGCUGAACGUCUGCGGGAGAUUCACUACCUCCAGGCUCAGCUCUAUCACACUUUGGGAAAACACAGUCAGUGCAACAAAAGUGCUAUGCUUUUCCGUCUUUUGGAUCAGGAGUUACACACACCUGCUCCACCUGUUUCCAUGAGGCUAUAAAAUACUUUUGACCAUGCCUUUUUUUACAUUGUGCAAAGACUACCAUUUUCCACUAGAUGGCAAUAGAGAUCUGUCUUUACGGCAGGUGCAGUUUACUAAAUAGAAGAAAAGUAAGAGAGGAAAGUAAAUGUAUUUCAAUAGUUCGAUUUUAAAAUUAAACAAACAAAAAAAAACAACAACUUAGAUUUCAGUUAGAUUGCUUACUAUUCCUUUUCAUCAUCCUAAAUCAUUGGCUAGUAUUUGUUGAGGCCUUUGUUUUGCUGUGCUACAGCAGUUUAAAAUAAAUAUAUGUUUGAAAUAAAAGGGUCUCUCUAAAA